GUCAAUUCGUUUAUGUCCAUUUCGCAUCCCGUUAAUCUCGCAGCGAAUACCUACCAAAAGAGUAAAAGCCAGCCCUCCUAUUCCGUCCACGCGCCACCCACCCCGCCGCGACCGGCGGAGAUUUUUCCUUCUUAUGUGUCCAAACAACCAACAGUGACAAUACUAUCUCCCAUACCAUGUCUCCUCUUCUAAUCCUUUCUCUCUUCUCUCUCUUUUCCUUUUCUGCAGCUUCUCUGCCCUACCCUUUCACUUACAAUUUGCACAUAGAUUGCGGUGGUCACACUAACUCCACGGACGACUUUAACACGGCGUGGCUCGCCGACCGUUACUACACCGGCGGUGUCACCGCCAUUGUGUCGGAGCCGCUUCAGUUCAAGCACCAGCAGGAGAAGACGCUCCGCUACUUCCCUGUCACCUCUGGUAAGAAGAAUUGCUACGUCAUCCCUGACCUUCCUGCGGGGAAGUACCUCCUCCGUACCUUUACUGUGUACGAUAACUUCGACGGGAAGUCACACUCGCCGUCUUUUGAUGUUUCUGUCGAGGGUAAUUUGGUCUUUUCGUGGCGUUCUCCGUGGACGGAGUCCGUUUCCAGGUCCGGAGCCUACUCGGAUCUGUUCUUCACCGUCGCCGAUUCGGAGGCCGACAUAUGUUUUUACAGUAUUGCCACUGAUUCUCCGGUCAUUGCGUCGCUUGAGCUGACUCAGGUCGAUCCAGAGUCGUAUUUAGUCAACGAUAGUACAAUUAGGUCCUCGUUGAACACAUCUAUAUUGGUGAAUUAUGGUAGGUUUUCGAGCGGGUCGGAACAGUGGGGACCCGGAUUCAGCAACGAUACGGAUCGGUUCGGCAGGUCCUGGCAAUCGGAUGCUGAAUUCAGGUUUCGAAAUACGGAAAUUGAAAACGGGGGAAGUGUUAAGGCAAUUUCAGCGAUUCAGGAUAUUGUAAAUGUAGACAAACCCCCCAAUUAUUUCCCGUUGAAAUUGUACCAAACCGCUGUAACUGUGGUAGGGGAAGGCCACGAGUUCUUGGAGUACAUUUUACCGGUAGAUGCAAAGUUGGAUUACUUGCUAUGCUUCCACUUUGCGGAGAUUGAUGUGAGUGUAAACCGGAAAGGCAAGAGGGUGUUUGAUGUGGUGGUGAAUGGAGAGAACGUGACCAGAGUGGAUAUCUAUGAAAAAGUUGGUGGCUUUGCUGCCUAUGAUUGGAACUAUGUUGUCAAGAAUUUGAAUAGUACUACUUUGAAUGUGAGGCUUGUGCCAGUGGUGGGUGCACCAGUAAUAUGUGGGCUAGAAAAUUAUGCUAUUGUGCCAGCUGAUCUUAGAACCGCUCCUGAUCAAGCUGUUGCCAUGAAAGCCUUGAAGGAGUCCCUUCGUGUUCCUGACAGAAUGGGUUGGAAUGGUGACCCCUGUGCCCCUACUACAUGGGAUGCUUGGGAGGGUGUUACAUGUCGUCAGCCUAAAGGUGAAUCCAGACUUGUUAUAUCCCAAAUUGAUCUCGGAAGCCAAGGCUUGAAGGGUUAUAUAAGUGAUAAGAUUAGUCUGCUGUCUAAUUUGGUAAGCCUGAAUUUAAGUUCUAAUUCACUGGGAGGUACUCUGCCCCGGGGUAUUGGCCAAAAAUCUCUUGUGAAGUUGGAUUUAUCAAAUAACAAAUUCACAGGAUUCAUACCUGAUAGUCUUACUUCUUCUAGUUUGCAACUCAUGUUAUUAAAUGGCAAUUCACUAGAAGGAAGAGUCCCAUCAGAACUUUAUUCAAUUGGGGUCCAUGGUGGAGCUAUUGACCUUUCUGAUAAUAAAGGGCUGUGUGGUGUGCCUUCUUUACCAGAUUGUUCUCUAUUUUGGGAUAAACAUGGUUUAUCCACUGCUGGUAAAGUUGGUAUAGGCAUUGCAUCUCUGGUAAUCUUUUUACUACUGUUGUGCUUGGGUUAUUGGUGCUACAAGAGGAGGCAAAAUGAUUAUGACUUUGGUCUACCACAUGAGCUAAUGUCACUAUCUGCAAAGAGGAAUAGAUAUCAUAGGCAAAAAUCGUUGAUGGCUCUAGAAAUGGAAAGCCAGCAUGCGAAAGGAUUCAUACCGACUUACAAUUCAAACUGAAGACAAUUUCUACAAGUGGAAAGUACAGGCCGGGUUUUUGACAGAAUACAGCUCCUCCACCCUAAGAUCGAUGGUAUACACAGCGUUCCUUAAUUGAUAGUGUGAAUACAGUGGUGAUGAUAGAGAUGUAUGGAGUGGUAUGACCAGUGCUUUAAACGAUGUGAUUUGAGAGCUUUGGCACAUCGCCAGCAAUAUGUACUGAAAUGGGGUCGGAGUAGUGGUUUUGGUUGUAGAGUGCAAUGUAUCCUAAUCAUUCAUGAAUGUGCAAAAGGCAAAUGCUUCCUCUCAGUCUCAUGCAUCAUGUAUCUUACCUAAUUCUUUAAUUUGGUCAUUUCACAGAUCAGAUAUAUAUAUGAUGUGAAUUCUUGAAUUUGUAAUAAGAUUCAUGUGGUAUUGAAUUGUUAGUUGAUAUGCAUUAUCUCUUGCUCGUU